CAAUGAUGACGUUGCACCAGUUACUGCGGGUGAAUCAGAAAUUUACAAAACUAUAGAUUUUGAUGUUCAAGAAUAUAAGAAGGAUAUUGGUGCUGGUAAAUUGAGGCAUAACGAGGAUAAGACCCAAAUUUUGAUGCAUCGCUGGAGGUAUCCAUCGCUUUCAAUCCAUGGCAUUGAAGGUGCAUUUUAUGAGCCCGGUCAAAAGACAGUGAUACCUCGCAAAGUCACUGGAAAAUUUUCUAUUCGGAUUGUUCCCAAUCAAACACCUGAGCAAGUUGAAAAGUGCGUUGUGAACUAUUUGAAUAAGAAAUGGGAAAAACGAGGAUCACCAAACAAGAUGAAAGUUUUUAUGGCCGGAGAAGGUGGUAAGUCGUGGACUGAAGAUCCUAAACAUCCCCAUUAUACCGCUGCCAGAAAUGCUACGAAGCAUGUGUACAAGGUCUAUCCUGAUAUGACUCGUGAAGGAGGAUCCAUUCCUGUAACAUUAACUCUUCAAGAGGCUAAAGGCUUAAAGGUUGGUUGUUCUGUUUGUAUAAGCUUGACAAAUUGUUCAAGAAAGCGCCUCAGUUGUGUACGUGAAAAUUGA